AUGUCCAACAAUAAAAAAAAGGUAGACGAAGUUGAUGAAAAACCACCAAAGGGUAUCAAUUAUAACUCUAUGCCACUACCAACCAAAAUUGUCACCCGUGCAGAUGCUGCCGCUGUGCUGGCAUCACUGACACCUCCAUUCAAUGAUAAAAAACCACUUAAGGAUAUCAACUAUAACUCUAUGCCGCCACCAACAAAAAUUGUCACCCCUGCAGAUGCUGCCGCUGUGCUGGCAUCACUGACACCUCCAUUCAAUGAUACUUACAUAUAUCACGAUAAAAAACAUUCCCAUAAACAUACCGUAGAUGAUAAACUAUCAAAAAAACAAUUGAAACGCAGUAUAAGUUUUAACCCCCGUCAAACAGCUCCGGCUCCGUACAUUGACUUUGCUGAAGUAUUGGCCACAACGGUUUCUUUAGUUAGAGAGAACAACAAGAAACUCGAUAGGCUGUCUGAUGAGAUUAGAAUAACGGACAAAGCAGCGAUUAUGAUAUGGAUUCUGAUUAUAGUAUUGACUCUUAUCAACAGUCAAGCAAUAAUU